CAUCCCUGUACCAGACACAAAGUUACUUCAAAAUGUUCAAGCUUUUCAUUUUCGCUGCUAUCUUGGCUGUCGCCUUAGCUUCUCCUGAGCCAAAACCUGAAGCGAAGCCUGAACCCAAACCAAGUGUGAUAGCCGCUGCAUAUACAGCACCUGUCGUAGCUGCAGCUCCUGUAGCCUAUACUUCUGCCUACUCACUCCCAUAUGCCGGCUACUACGCACCUUCAGUUUACGCAGCAGGAUACACCGCAUAUUCUCCGUACGCUGCACCUUAUGUGGUUGUGUAAUUAAUGGACCCUGCUUAAUUUAUGACAAUAAAUGGU